AUGAGCGAUCUGGACAAGUAAGAGCACGCGACUGAUUGGGCUGCUACGCCGCUCUAACCAAGUCGCAGGGCAAUAGCGCAGCUUCGGGCAUGCAGGCCCAUACCAGAGAUUCAAGUGCGAGAACUGUGUUACAAGGCGCGCGAGCUUCUAAUAGAAGAGGGCAACGUGGUCAGCGUGGAUGCGCCGGUGACGGUAUACUGAGAUACUCAAGUGCGUUUAGCAUGCACGAUGGCUGACGACACGUCGUUAGAUAUGCGGCGACAUUCACGGCCAGUUCCACGACUUGAUGGAGCUCUUUCGUGUAGGAGGCGACGUCCCGGACACCAACUACCUCUUCAUGGGUGAUUUCGUAGAUCGCGGCUUCUACUCUCUGGAAUCGUUUCUGCUUCUUCUGUGCCUGAAAGUGCGAUACCCGGACCGCAUAACUCUUAUUCGGGGGAAUCACGAGUCUCGACAAAUUACGACAGUUUACGGGUUUUACGAUGAAUGCUUACGAAAAUACGGGAGCGCAAACGUCUGGCGGUAUUGCUGUGAGGUGUUCGACUACCUCGCCUUGGGCGCCUUGGUGAUGGGCGCGGCCACAGAUAUGGAUCCCACAGAAGCAGGUUUCGCGGAUCCAACCCAAUCCCAGAACGACACAACCGAUGAUAUUGAGAUUGAAAUAUUGAACUCGCAGGGCCAGAUUAUCAAUCGAUUCCCACGCGCUCGACUGGGGAACUCUCACGAUGCGUCGCAGCUUUCAAAUCCACCUUCUUCCCCGUCACAAACUCAGGAGCAUUCUCAACCGCGCAAUGGCGCACCCGGCACUGGUGCGAGCUCAUCCUCAAGGGGUAGCUCCAAUAACAGCGGCGGUGCUGUGCUAUGCGUACAUGGUGGUCUGUCGCCCCUAAUCGACAGUAUCGACAAGAUUCGAUUACUGGACAGGAAACAAGAAGUACCUCAUGAGGGUGCCAUGUGCGACCUGCUGUGGUCCGAUCCUGACGAGAUUGAUGGAUGGGGCCUGUCACCUCGUGGAGCUGGCUUCCUUUUCGGUGCUGAUAUCGUCAAAUGCUUCAACCAUAAGAAUGACCUAAGCCUCAUCUGCAGAGCGCAUCAGCUUGUCAUGGAAGGUUUCAAAGAGAUGUUCGACAGCACCAUUGUCACAGUAUGGUCUGCCCCCAAUUAUUGUUACAGAUGUGGCAACGUCGCCGCCAUUCUGGAAUUGGGCGAAGAUGGCUCAAACGCAGGCUACACACCGAGAGGCAAUGGUGACGUGAACCGAACGAAUGGUGAUAUUGGCGAUCGAAUGGAGCAGCGCAUGGGCCCUGGCCGAAGGUAUCGGGUCUUUGAUGCAGCGCCACAGGACAGCAGAGGCAUGCCGGCAAAGAAGCCAGUUGCCGACUACUUUCUUUGA